AUGUGGAGAGGCAGGGUGUGGUGGCGGGGAUCGCUUCGCCGAUGGCUCAGCGGAGGAGCAGGAGGAGCAGAAGGAGCAGAAGGGGCAGGAGAAAAGGCUGUGAAACAAGUGAGGAGGGGCAGGAAGAAGGCCAGCAAGGUCUCGGGGGUUUCGGAUCUCGUCAGGGUAAACUUGUGGUCAUCGCCGCGAUGCGCCUCGACGAGCUUGAUGUACUCCUUCGCUCAGCGGAGCGACACCCAGGUGGUGGACGAGCCUCUCUAUGCUCAUUACCUCCGAAACAUCCGCCCAGAUGCCUUCAGGCCUUACAGGGAGGAGGUGCUGGCCGCACAGAUCAAUGAUGGCAACGAAGUGGUGAGGAGGAUCGUGAUGGGGCCAUUGGAGGGCAAGCGCGUUCUCUUCCUUAAGCACAUGGCGAAGCAUUUUGCCAAGAUCGAUGAGGACUUCAUCUUCGAGACCAAGAACGUGAUCCUCAUCCGGCACCCCGUCCAGGUCCUCGCCUCUUGGAGCGCUACUUUGCAGGAGGCCAACACCUCGUACGAUGACAUGGGGCUCAGCGAGCAGCUGCUUCUUGUUCGCCGCCUGCAGGAGCGAAACAUCAAGCCGAUCAUCAUAUCCAACGACAACCUCAUCAACCGCCCCGAGGGAACCCUUCGUGCGUUGUGCUCGGCGCUUGAGAUCGAUUUCGAUCCCCGAAUGUUGUCCUGGCCCAAGGGCGGGAGGCCUGAGGAUGGACUGUGGGGGAGGUACUGGUACCACAACACGCACGCAUCCACGAGCUUCCAUCCUGUCAUGAAGACUCACAAGCACAUGGACAUCUCCCAGCUCUCCCUGAAGCUCAAGGUCGAGGCCGAACGCGCCAUCCCCGAGUACGAUCAGCUGGCCCGCCUGCAGCUCAAGCCCUCGCCCAUCCUACCGGACGAGCGCAACAGAGACAUCUUGGUCCACGUCGGGGGAGUUCUGAAGCCCCGGGAGGAGGCGAAGGUCAGCGUCUUCGACAGUUCGGUGCAGGGAGGAGAUGCGGUGUGGGAGGGGCUGCGGGUUUACAAGUCCGUCAUCCUCGACUUCGACGAGCACAUACAGCGGCUGCAGGACUCCGCGCAUGCUCUGCUGUUUGAGCACGUGCCGGAGAAGGAAGAGAUCAAGCGCGCGGUCUUUGAGACCCUCCAGGCCAACGGCAUGCGCAGCGACACGCACAUCCGGCUCACGCUCACCAGGGGGGAGAAGGUGACGUCCGGUAUGAGCCCCAAGAACAACCAGGCGGACUCGUGCCUCAUCGUGCUUGCGGAAUGGAAGCCCUUCAUGGACUCGUCCGGCAAGAAGGUGUCAGGCAUCAGGCCGCAGCGGCUCAUCAGCUCCAGCAUCCGGCGAAACUCACCGGCGUUCCUUGACAGCAAGAUCCACCACAACAACCUCCUCAACAACAUCCUCGCCAAGAUCCAGGCCAACAAUGCUGACGUUGACGACGCGCUCAUGCUCGAUAGCCAGGGGUUCGUGUCGGAGACCAACGCGACAAACUUCUUCAUCGUGCGAGACCAAGUCGUCCUCACCCCCCGACCUGACAGCUGCCUGCCCGGCAUCACUCGCGGCAGCGUGAUCAAGGUGGCGAGGCAGCUGGGGAUGGAAGUAGAGGAGAGGAACAUCUCCUUGGCAGAGGUGUACACGUGCGAUGAAGCGUUCACGACGGGGACGAUGAGCGGCGUCCUGCCUGUCUCGGAGAUUGACGGCAGGGCCAUCAAGACGGCAGUCGGGCCUGUCACCAAGAGGCUGCAGCAAGAGUACAUGAAGCACGCUUGCUCCAACGGCAUUAAGUUGCCAAAGUUUUGA